CACUAAAAAUAUUCAUAUUCUCCAUCUUCUCAAAGUUUCUUCAUCCCUGCCUUUACGAAGGCUCAAUCUUGAAUUUGUUGUUGCUCAUAUGGAUCCUCACCCAAGCAAAAGUUCUUCCUAUGGUAACACCAAGAUCAUGGUUUCUAACCCUAGAUCUUCUUCAAGUUUGAAAGACAGAGAAUCUCAUAAAAGGAAGCCUUCGCAUAACAAAGGAGAUUCUGACCGCGAGAUUGAUGAUGGAAAAAAAUUAAAGAUUAAGAGAGUUCGCAAACUCCCAUCACUCAAUACUGGUCUUGACGUUUCGGACUUUGAUUUUAAGGAAAUCAACACUCAAGUUCGCAUUAAUACCAAUGCUCCCAUUCAAGGCUUGAUUUCCUCUGUCCUUUCAAACAUUUUUAUUCCUCAUAAGGAAAAUUUUACUCUUAAAGAGAAUGUUCUAAUCGAUAAGGAAGUAGAGGAAAUCUCCACUCUUGCGUCUGUAAUCGCAUCAAAAUGUGAAUCGGACCGUCUCUGAUUUUGUGAAGGCCCCAUUAUUUGAAGAUAUUCCUGCAUCGGGGGAGAAUAAUAAUAUUUCCGCUCCUGCGGAGAACUUUUCCAUUCCUUCUUCUGUUUAUUCUCCAUCUUCUUCUUCAUUCGCCUCCAUUUCUUUGGAGCCUAUUUCUGUUGAUAAGACAAUCUUGGAGGGUGUAGACCCUGCUUCUCAAGCUUCUUCAGAAGAUUUGUGGUGACCAGGAGGAAACUCUUUGAUCAUUAAGGAAUUAGCAUGAUGAAUCAAUAAAGGAGUUAUCCAUUCAAAAUGAAAAGAUUAUUCAGAGUAAGAUAAACUUGACUGGGAAGAUGAACCAAAUUCAAGAUCAGCACAAUCAUCUAAAAGAAUUUCAUGAUGCCCUUAAGAAAGAGAACACUUCCCUUUUUAUGGAUGAUAAGAAGAUUUGAUCUCGUCUUAGUGGUUUAGUUGGUGAUUAUUUUGAUAAGUCUAUGGAAAGUAUGAAUAGUAGUGGUUUCGCUUUAUCUCAAUUUCUUCUUUUUCAGAAGGAAGGUAGUCGCAUGGAGUUGGUUGCCUCAAUUUACUUGUCCUUUUUAAUCAUUACUUGAAUCUUUUAUCAAGGAAACUGUUACGCUGAAUCAUUCAGCUCUGGCAAAACCACAUU